GUUAACGCCGAUAUACCAAAGUACUAGGUACUAGUACCUCGUUAUAGAGAAUUACAUCCGGAUUGAAUAUAUGAAUAUGUUAUUGAAGUUGACUCACCACAAAAUGUGGUUUAUAGAGCUUUGAAUGCAUUACCCUUCUUAGAUACCCAGGUAUUAAGAGGUUCUGUUAGGAAUUAGUUAUUAACGCCAUGCGCUUCUUAUCGGCUCGUCCUCCCGUCAUAAAUAUUGCCAAUGGAACUUUCUACCGUCACCACCCCAAUGCAAAUUCCAUACUCCCCAAUCCGGCUCUCUUUACGAAUUUGAACUUUACAGUACCCUCUACUACUGAACCACCAACACAUUGGUAUGUAGUCGGCCCUUCUCUGAGCGGGAAGACGACGUUUCUGCAGCUUCUUGGAGGUAGUCACCUUUGCAUCCCUCCAAAUGCCAGGAGCUAUCCAUAUCUGUCUACAGAUGCAGUGCCUCAUAGGUUGAGGUCACCGCAAAAAGCCAUUCAGUAUGUGGGAUUCAAUAAUGAUGGCUUCUCUUCCGGUGUCACUACUUCGGCAUAUCUCUCUGCUAGGUAUGAGUCUAAGCGUGAGAAAACCGACUUCUCACUGAGGGACUUCCUGUUGGGUAACACUGAACUCAACGCCCUAAAGCCCUCACCUGAAGAGGAACUGGAUCCAAGUCUAUUGGAUCGGGUAGUAAGAGACUUGAGGCUAUCCCAAUUGCUCGACCUCCCUGUUGCCUUCUUAAGUAAUGGACAGGGACGACGAGCUAGGAUUGCCAGAGCUCUUCUGACUGCACCAGAGGUACUAUUACUGGAUGAACCAUUCAUGGGCCUCGACCCGCCUACAGUGGCUGGGUUGAGCCCGCUCUUGCACGGCCUCGCAAGCAAAGCUAACCCUAGAUUGGUAUUGAGUGCAAGACCUCAGGACCCUAUUCCGGACUGGAUCACGCAUCUGGUUUACUUAAGGGGUAACUCCCAGAUAGCAGUCAUGGGGGAGAAACAAGCGGUGUUGGACGAAUUGAGACAAUAUGUCCAACGCGUAUGGAACGGGACGUCGAAGGAGGAUGAAACAUUACCAGUGCAUAAUCUAGUUCAGAUGGGUAGGACAUUGACUAUCAAGGGAAUACACGGAGAACCUCUAAUGGGCCAAGAAGCCUCACGAUCAGACGACGCUUCGCCUGUUCAAAACGCAGGUGCACUGAGAAAUAUUGGAGAACCUGUUGUAGAGAUGAAGGGAUGCAAGGUGCAGUACGGCGGGAAGAUCGCUCUAGGAAACUGGAGCCAGGAUGCCAAUGGGAACAAACAGGAUGGUCUUGUAUGGACGGUCCGUCGGGGAGAGCGAUGGGGUGUCUUUGGGCCCAACGGUUCAGGCAAGACCACGAUCGUGUCUCUUAUCUGUUCGGACCAUCCUCAAACCUAUUCACUCCCUAUAAGACUCUUUGGCAGAAGUAGAUUACCAGAACCAGGGUCCGGUGAGCUGCCACUGACUUUCUGGGACAUUCAAUCGCGAAUUGGCCAUUCUAGUCCUGAGAUUCAUCAACACAUGCCCCGAAGCCUUACCGUCAGACAAGUGAUUGAGAAUGCAUGGGCCGACACAUUCCGGUCAAAAGCCAAGCUCGACGAUCCAUCGAAAGAGAAAGUUGAGGCUUGUCUGCGGUGGUUCGAGGCGGAGUUGAAUCCGUCUUACGUCAGGCCAUCGCAGCCAGUAUCGUCUGAAGAUCUAAGCGCCGAUUCGAAGUGGGCGGAUCACUACAUGUUCGGAGAACUGCCCUUCUCUGCCCAGCGGGUCGCGCUUUUUCUGCGGGCCAUCAUUAAGCAACCGGACAUCGUUGUCUUGGACGAAGCUUGUAGCGGAAUGGACGACGGUGUUCGAAACCGCUGCUUGCUCUUCCUCGAAAAUGGGGAGGGAAAGACUUAUGCAAAACACGAAGAUGGCUCUGAGAUGAUCGUCGAUAGCAAAGCAUCCAAGGCGGGCACUAUUAAGGUCGGAGGAUUGAGCGACCACCAAGCUAGUUCCAUGUUUUGAAGAAUUCGGGUUCGGGUCACAGUGCCCUAACCUAUCGACUUAGUGCUGCAUUUUCAUUGGCAUAAGGGGAGUUCACACAACAUUGAACAUAAACAGCGACCCAUCACUUACAUGUACCCUUACAUGUACCUC